AUGUCUUCGAGGUAUAGGGUUGAGUACCAUUUGAAAAGUCACCGCAAGGAUGAGUUUGUGGAGUGGAUCAAGGGAUUGCUAGCGACGCCGUUCGUGCUGCAUGCAGUUUCGCACGAUGUGGACGAUUUGACGACCACACAGAGGGUGAGGUCGCAGUAUGCGGAAAUAUUCAAGGAUAUUGAGGGCCUGGUCUCGAACAAGAUCGAUUUUGACUCUAGAAAUGGUCAGCUGGAGGAAAACGACGACAGUGAGGUAAAGUACGAUUUGAUAGGCAAGUCCCGGUUGAACCAGCUGGUUCCAAGCAUCGGUAGUUUCUUUACAGAGCUUCCCCUCGAAAAGGCGUUCCUGUGGGAAGACUCCCAGAGGGGAAUAUCUGAGCGUAGAAUGGUGGCUCCGAGCUUUAACGAUGUUAGAAGGAUAUUGAAUACGGCACAGCUCUUCUAUUUCGCCGAUAAGAGAAAAAAAUACCAUUAUAACCAAUUGAAGCUGGUCACUUUUGAUGGGGAUGUCACUCUGUAUGAUGACGGUGGGUCGCUUGACUACACAAACCCUGUCAUCCCUUACAUUGUUAAGUUGCUGCAGAACGACAUCCGCGUUGGGAUUGUCACCGCGGCUGGUUACGAUGAACCAUCGCAGUAUGAGCGCAGACUGGAGGGCCUCAUUGUUGCGGUUCACGACUCUUCAAGUUUAUCGUUGGAACAGAAACACAACCUGACAGUUAUGGGAGGCGAGUCGAAUUAUCUGUUCCGUUAUUAUGAGAACGAGGAUAAUAAAUUUGGCUUCAGAACAAUUGAGCAAGACGAGUGGAUCCUUUCCCACAUGACGGAGUGGGAUCAGUCAGAUGUGGAUCAAACACUUGAUUUCGCUGAAAAGACGCUCCGCAGUCUCAAGGACAGAUUGCACCUCCCGGAAGAGACAGCGCUCGUGAGGAAGAAAAGGGCAGUUGGCAUCGUGCCUGGUGAAAGAUAUGAUCCGGUUGCGCAAAGGCGAGUUCACGUAAAGCUUGAGAGAGAGCAGCUUGAGGAAGUCGUUCUCACUUUGCAGGCUACCCUUGAAACCUUCCCGCCGGCCAGACGCAUUAAAUUUAGUUGUUUUGAUGGUGGUAGUGAUGUUUGGUGCGACAUUGGUGGCAAAGAUCUAGGAUUGCGUGUGUUGCAGAACUAUUACAGCCCUGAAGAUCCUAUCAGGCCCAGUCAAACUUUGCAUGUGGGAGACCAGUUUGCGCCUGUGGGGUCUGCAAAUGACUUCAAGGCCAGAUUGGCGGGUUGCACGCUAUGGAUCGCAUCCCCCGCGGAAACAGUGUUUUUUCUUUCUCGCCUUGGGUUUUCGUAA